UAACCUUUGGUUCGAAGAACUAGAGAUUACGCAUUAGAGUGACCCUUUCUUAUUAAAUUACUAGAGUAAUAACAUAAUCGCAUUAUAUUAAGUUUGAUUUAGUUUAGUGUCGGUUGUGAACGGUACAAGAUGAAGACUGUUCUUUUUGUAUUUUUAGCGCUGUUUGGAGCAGCGUAUGCCCAAUUAGAUGUAGAUAAUUUAGAUUCCAUUGAUGAUACAGUCUUGAAAGAAAAAUGCGAUUCAAGAGGAGGAAAAGGAACCUACGCCAAUGUACAGAAAGCCAGAGACACUCUACAGAGUUGCGUUGAGGAUUUGAUAGAUCUAGACACGAUCAAGAAAGAAAUUGAGGAAUCAAAAAAGACAGGUUCUAUGGAUGAAGUUUUUGGGAAGUACUGCAAGAAACGUCCCGAAUUUAAAAAAUGCGUAGACAAAUUUUUGGAGAAACUGAAAUUGUGCUUGAUCGAUGAUGAAAAGAAGAAUCUGGAAACAGUACUGAAUUUGAUUAAGGAAUUAGGAGAGUUUGCAUGCUAUAAGGAUGGCGAUAGAAUAGCUAUGUUUGUCGCUGAAGAAGGACCAGAAUGUAUUAAAGCUCAUGUUGAAGGCAUCAAGACUUGCGUCAACAAUACCUUGAAACUUUCAACAACAAGCACAGUGGAUUCUUUACCCACUUUCCUCAAUGCCACCAAAGUAUGCGACGAUUUGGCUAAAAUACAACCAUGCAUUGUAACCGAAUUGGAAGUAUGCGACAAUACAACACCUGCCAACGUUGUGGAUUCAGUUUUCCGGUUUAUCAGGAAGCGGGCUUGCAAGUCAGGAAAACAGAGGAGAAGUGUCAUGACGAAAAGAUCUCUGGCAAUAGCACCUGCUCAUUUUAAAAGCCUUUUAGACGCUUAUGUGAGAUACACAAAAUCUAAAUGCAGGUUGAAUAAAGGACGAGAAGAACUUAAAAAAUUAGAGGAGUCUUUAUCUACAACAAAGCAAUGUGUUGCUGAUUUUCUGAAGAAAAAUUUAAUUCUUCUGGUCACACCUACAGAACUCAAGGAAAACAUUGUUAAGUGCUCCAAGGAUUUCAUCGAAGCUUCGGAAAAUUGUUUACCAGAAAACGAGAAGUAUUAUCCAAAAUUCUCUCAAGAAAUUAUGAGUGGUUUGGUAGAUUUAGUGUUUAAAUAUAAGCAAAAUUUCACAUCAUCAUCCUGGAAUUCAGAAGUGCAAUUAUGUUUCCAAAACUUCAAGUAUCAAACUAACAGACAAUCUAUGCUCAAUUGUUUCGAAGGAGAUCUCUUAGAAGAUGGAUCUGAUUACACUAAAGAAUAUGUCUGCAAGAGACUCAGAGACUCCAGCAAGUGUGUAACUAAUGUUAUCUCUUCUCUCUGCGUUCAAGACAUUUCAGUCAACGAGUUCAAAACUGAAUUCGAAUAUGUGUUCAAAAAACCUUGUGAAUUGUGAUAAUGUUUGAGUCUAAGAACUCAUUUACAACAAUUUGUAGCGAAAAACGAAUGCAUUAUCUUAAAUGUGAAUUACCUCAAAAUAAAUCUUCUACGAUA